UUUAAAUAGAAUUAUUUUAAUAUGAGCAAGAUACAGGCAGCUAUUGACCAAACCAUCGAGAAUAAGACUCCAGUAGGAGUAAUUAAAGAUGGAAACCUCAACAUUAUUGUCUUGAAUGGCAAUGAAAACAAGCUGGACCUUACCUUCUGUGCACGCCUUCAUGAAGCCCUGGAUGAAGUUGAAAAACAGGAAGAUAUCAGAGGACAAGUGCUUGUCACGGUCUCUACUAAUCCAAAAAUAUUUUCUAGUGGAAUUGGUAUGGAGGAACUUCACUCAGAAGAUGAUAUACUAGAAACUCUAAAUGGGCUCAAUAGAUAUAUGCUUAGAAUGCUGAAAAGCCGGAUUCCAACCGUCGCCUGUGUUAAUGGCGAUGCUAUCGCUGGAGGAUGGUUCCUGGCUAUGGCUCAUCAUUAUAGAACCAUGAACGAAGACAGUGGUUGUAUGUCUCUGAUUGAAAUACUUCUGAGUGUGCCUAUCCCAGAAGCCUUUAACGCUUUUGGAGUUCAAAAGCUUGGAGCACACAACUAUUGGGAAGCUUCUUGCUUAGGCAAUAGAUAUGCAGCCAAAGAAGCUCUCGAAAAAGGCCUUGCUACUCAAGUCUAUCCAGAGAAGGAUCUUUUUGCAAUGACUGAAGAGUUUGCUGAGAGUCUAUCUGCUAAAAGCCUAGACCCUGUUACUUUCCAAGUAAUGUCUGAGGACAUAUAUAAAACAGCCAUUGAGAAUCUAGAGGGCCCACAAAAUCUGGAUUCGACAGUUAAAGAGAUUGCAAGAUUCUUAUCAUAG